GUUGGUGGUUCUCUCCCGGCAAGUGCGGACGCAAAUUCCUGCUUCAUUGUGAGCUAGCUGUAGAGAGCGUAUUGUUGUAGCCUAGUUUCAGUUCCGACCUAAUUUGCAUUUUCGUUGCGUUUGUUGUCAAUAAAGUGUGCCCAAACUAGUGUUGUUUGUUGUUUGAUUGGCGUUUCAAUUGUUUAUCUCUUUGACGACGCUCCUAAGCUUAGUAGCAGGAAAGCAGGAAUUACGAUGGCUUCAAAGAUGAAGAAGGAAAAGAUCGGCAUCAUUGGAAGCGGAUUGAUUGGCAGAUCAUGGGCCAUGCUCUUUGCGGGCGUUGGCUACCAGGUCACAAUCUUUGAUAUCAUUCCCGACGUGGUCGAGAAAGCCCUCCAACUGACCAAGGAUGAACUGAUCAGUCUGGAGAAACAGGGGCUACUCCGCGGUACGCUGAACGCUGCGGAGCAGUUUUCCUGCAUCCGCGGAUCGCACAAUCUGAAGGAAACCGUCGACGGUGCACUGUUCCUGCAGGAAUGUGUUCCGGAAAAUUUGGACCUGAAGAAGAAGCUGUACGCCGACCUGGAUACGGUAGUUGGGACGAGUACGAUCAUUUCCAGCUCGACCAGCACCUUCAUGCCGUCGUUGUUCAGUAAGGAUUUGAAGCAUAAGGAUCAGGUUCUCGUCUCGCAUCCAGUCAAUCCACCCUACUACGUCCCACUGGUGGAGAUAGUUCCGGCACCGUGGACCAGACCCGAGUUCACUGCUAAAACUCGUGAGCUGAUGACCGAAAUUGGCCAGAAGCCCGUUACUCUGUCGCGAGAGAUCGAAGGCUUUGCUCUGAAUCGCAUUCAAUAUGCCAUCCUGAAUGAAACCUGGCGCCUGGUGGCGGACGGUAUUCUGAGCGUAAAGGACAUCGACAGUGUCAUGUCCGAUGGGCUGGGAAUGCGUUACGCAUUCUUGGGUCCACUGGAGACGGCCCAUCUGAAUGCCGAGGGUAUGCUUAGCUACUGCGAUCGGUACUGCAAUACGAUCCACGCGGUGAGCCAAACGAUGGGAGCAACACCGAGAAUGGAGGGACCGGUUGCGCAGCAAGUCGCCAAGGAACUGGAAGAGAUGGUUCCGCUGGAUAAGUUGCCCGAGAGGCGAGCCUGGCGGGAUGCUUGCUUGACCAAGCUGGCGCAGUUGAAGAAAAAUAUUUAAGACCUGGGCGGACGAUGGUGUGA